AUGUUAAGGGGGGGAAGAGGGGGGGGGCGGGAGGACGAUUUACACUUUGCGGGGGGGGGUGGGGAGAGGGUGUGGUUAUGUCAUGAGAGACACAGGGGUGUGGGGGGGGGGGGGGGGGGGGGGGGGGGGGGGGGGGGGGGGGGGAGGGGGGGGGUAAUGAGUAGAAUAUUACGUGAUUAUUAUCAUUUCCAAUCCUCUCCACCCCAGCCACUCCUACAUCCCCCCCCCCGUUUAUUAUCCCAACCACCUACCUAUCCCACUAUCGAACUUUCCAAAUACCAACCGCCUGAGCCGUCCAAUCACUUGUCGUUAAAGCGCUACACCCACACACCCCUCACCAAACCUGGGGGGGGGGGGGGGGGGAGGGGGGGGGGGGGAGGGGGGGGGUGGGGGGCAUAG